GAUAAACAUAGCAAUCCUAACAGAACUAGGAUUCUAUGUAGUAAGCUAGGAGUAAUCCUAAUAGGACUAGGACUCCUCUUCACUCCUUUCCACGCCAUCCUCUAGGUCCCAUGUUAGCACACAAGCUAAGACUUGGUUCUUGUUCUUGAUUUGAAACCCUAAAGUUUCCAUGGUCAAGUCAAUAGGCUCAUGGUUAACAAGUGCCUUUGCAUCCAUAUCAUUAACCUAACAUAAAUAUAAGUUCAAAUUAUAUUAUUAGUUGGGUUGUAGUAUUUUAAAAGGAUUUGGGUUCUUCUUUGAGAAAUGAUCAUGAUGCGGUGUUUAAUUCAUCGUAAUGUAAGAUUUCGGGCAGCCGGGGGAAGAUUCUUUCGAUCUACUUGGACUAUACAUUACUACUUCCAUAUUGUGCUCCAAGCAAUCCUUCACUUGUACCCAUAUGUUAUAGAACCACUAGAAACUUUUGUGCAACCUGAAAUUCAUAACAAUUCAAGGUUUUUCCUUAGUUUGAAGAUUUUAUAGGAGCUAUAGAUGGUACCCAUGUACGUGCAUCUGUUCCUAUUGAGAUCCAAGAUCGAUUUCGGGGAAGAAAGGUUAAGACUACACAGAAUGUACUAGCAGUAGCUGAUUAUGACCUGAAAUUCACUUUUGUACUUGCUGGUUUGGAGGGUUCUGCCCAUGAUUCAAGGGUUUUAAGUGAUGCACUUAAAAGGGGGUUUAAGGUUCCCGAAAGCAAUUUUUUAACCUUUUUCUUUUGUUGCUAAUUAUGGUGUAGUGUACUUAAAUUGAUUGGAAAAUUGGUGAUAUCAAUGUAGGGAAGUAUUAUCUUGCCGACGGAGGGUAUGGUGAUCGUAAAGGAUUUAUGCCUCCAUAUAGGCGAGUGCGUUAUCAUUUGAAAGAGUAUACCAACAACCCUCCUAAAACAUAUCUUGCUUAUGUUCAGCAAUAUCCAUCUCAUGACAAAUAUUUGAACAAGAAAAUUGAUAUGUUUGAGGAGGUAGCAAUAGUAGCGAGUAAAGACAUGGCACGAGGUAAUUUCUCAAAGACAUUCGGCGACAUUCAAAAUACUUCAAGUGGGCAGCCUAGUACUACCGAAAUUGAGUCUACCAAGUCAGACAGUGGAACUUCUUCUGAGCCUAGAUCUUAUAGGAAGAUGCCUCGACUUGAAGACGAAGGGGGUGAUUUGCAACACAUCUCUACUCAACUAGGUGAAGUUGUUAGUGCUCUGAAAAAAAUUUCGGACAACCAACUUGAUGUGGGGAAACUUUACAAGGAAAUCAUGAAGCUGGAUGACUUUGAAGAGCUAUCCGCGUUGCUGCUUUUGACCACAUGGUUGAGGGUGAGAUGCUUGCUAAAGCUUUCUUGACUAAAAGUGAAUCUCUUCGCAAGCUUUGGCUCCAAAAAUAUGUCAAGACUCUACUCUAAUUUUUUUAGUGGCUAAUUUUGUGUUGUGAACUAUCUACUAUUUUGAAGGUUUUGAUGCGGACUAUUGUUAUGCCUAAUAGUCUCAAUAGUAUUGUGCUAUGACAUGUUAGAAACUUUGGGAAUGUUAU